CAUAAAACAUGGCGCUACGGAUGUUUUGUUUAGUGUAGGCAAAUAUAAAUAAUUUAAAACAACAGAAUUCUUUUACUUUGCGUCUAAGUUUGAGUUACACUAAAGCGAAAGUAAAGUUUAUGCAGUGUAAUCUAACACUCUACGUGGUAAAUCUUGCAAAAUGAGUAACAUAUACAUUCAAGAGCCACCUACAAAUGGCAAGGUUUUGAUUAAGACAUCUGCUGGAGACAUCGAUGUGGAGCUAUGGUCUAAAGAAGCACCAAAAGCUUGCCGGAAUUUCGUUCAGCUUUGUAUGGAAGGUUACUAUGAUGGUACCAUAUUUCAUCGGGUUGUACCAGAGUUCAUUGUCCAGGGUGGUGACCCUACUGGCACAGGGUCUGGGGGAGAGUCUAUAUAUGGACGACCUUUUAAGUAAGAUCCGUUCCACAGAGGUUCUACACUCUCCCUUUGAUGACAUCAUUCCACGUGAAACCAAAAAGCAGAAAAAGGACCAAUCCAAAGAAGAAGGGAAGAAAUCUCAGUCCAAGGCAACCAAGAACUUCAGUUUGCUGUCUUGAGAGGAAGCAGAAGAAGAUGAGGAGUUGGUGAACCAAGUCAGUCAGACAUUUAAGGGCAAAGGCAAAAGUAGCCAUGACUUACUGAAGGACGACCCACGGCUCAGUGCUGUUCCAGCUAUUGACAGGAAAAGAACUGGAGACUCAUCUGAGGGAUCAGAUUUGGAAGAGGGGGAUGAUGAUGGAGGUGACCCAGAUGUUGCGGGCAUGAGGGAGAGGAUCGCAAGCAAACUGAAGAAAUUGAAGAAAGAGGAGGUGCGACUCGUCUCUGAGAGAGAAGAGAGCGACAAGAAGACCAGCCGCAGUGAUGAGCUACGGAAGGAAUCACGACAGCUGAAGAAAGAACUUCAGGCCAUCAAGCAACGAAAAGAGGAGAGUGCCCAACCAAAGGAAGAGGAAAAACCAGUUGAAGAGGAGAAACCCAGCACUGCUGCCGUGGCCGAGUAUCUGGAGGGCAAGAAGAAGUAUGAAGACCAGCGCAAGCAGAAACUGAAGAAAGGUUCCACCAGAGAGGCACAGACCUUGGCCCUCCUGGACCGCUUCAAGUCAAAGUUGUCGACGGCCAUAACGGACACUCCUGAGGAGGAGGCACCAGUGGAGCAGCUCGGGGAGGAGGAAGACAAGGGCUGGCUGUCUCACGUGCUCCAGUUUGACGAGCAGAGCAGGAAAGUAAAGGACGCCACCAUGCAGGACGAGGACACCUUCGAGAUCUACGACCCGCGCAACCCGGUCAACAAGCGGCGGAGGGAGGAGAGCAAGAAGUUGCUGAAGGAGAAGAAAGCCAAGAUAUGAGUGCAGGGGUCAUCUGAUCAGGAGCGCUCUCAAGGAGGGGUCACACAUGGCCAUCACUCAUUCUCAUAAGAACUGCUCAGUCAUGGCUCCUCUCUCAUAUCUCACCCCUCCUCUUGUCUCUUCUGUCCUCUAUUCCAAUGUUCCUGCUUCUGGCAUCCUCUCCCUCUCCCUCCCUUUUCUUCUGUGUCUCUCUAUUCUGUCUUCUCUUUAUAUCUUAUGUCUCUCUUUUCUUUUCCAUUUUCUUUCCUCUUGCCAUUCUUGUCCUUCUCUCUCAUUAUACUCUUCCUCUCUUUCUCCUCCUGACUGUUUUCUGUUCCUCUUCUUCUUGCCUCCACUUGACUUUUCUGAGGAUGAUCUGGUUAGCGUGUCUCAGAGCCAAGUCUGUCCUUCCACAGUGGAUAGAAUCCAAGACAUUUGCUUUAACCUGGGACUCGUGGCCUCUUGAAACAGCCUUUUAUUACUAGGUGUACACAAAUGACUGGGAGUAGUUGUUUUACACAAAUAAAAGUCAGCAAAUGUGUUUAAGGAAGACUGGGGUGAAAAAAAGAAAAGUACCCACCUCCUUUGGAGUCUGAAGUACAGUUCAUCUCCAAGUUUGAGGGCUUCAUGUUUUGUGGGUGUUGCGUCAACUGUAUUUACAGCUGCAAUGAAAUAAAGAGCUGACUCAUCUCUCUGGAUUUGA